CAUUGUGCGGCCGGAGGGUUCCAAGGGGCGACGGCCGGGGGGCGAGAGCACGGCCACCGCGCGGCGAGGGCGGCGUCCCCACGCGUCCCCCGCACCUGCCGUGCCCGCCGCGCCUGCGCCCGGCCCCGCCCGCGCCCCACGCUGGGCCCCACGCCCCGCGUCCAGCCCCGGCCGUCGCCCGCGAGCCGCCGCGCUCGUUGCGGGCUCCGAGGGCGCCCCGCGCGCAUUAGCCCGGCGGGGACCUGUGGCCAACGGCUGCAGCCGAGCCUCCGGGUGCCGCGGAGAUGGCGUCGGGGUCCAGGCCCGCCGGGCCCGAGGACUCGGGGCGCACCAUCAGCCCCGGCAGGCUAGGCGAGAAGGUCCCCGGGGCCGUGGCGGCGGCGACCCUAAAGGGCGCCGCGUCUCCAGUGCGCUCGGUGGUGGCCUCGCCGCGGCCACUGAAGGGGAAGGCGGGCCGGGAGGCGGCCCGGCGGCGGCUGCAGCUCCUGCCCGGGGCUCAGGCCGAGGGCCGGGGCGAGGAGGCCGAGCCGGAGGAAGAGGAGUCCCUGCUGUCCGUGCCCGAGGAGGACGAGGAUGAGGCGCAGCCCCUGCCCCCCGUCUGCGUGUCCCCCAUGCGGGGCAUGUGGCGCGACGAGAAGGUGGCGCUGUACUGCGAUCAGUUGCUGCAGAGCUGUAAGGCAGAAGAUGCUGAUGAGGCCAUGAGUAAGUACCUAUCAGAGAAGUUACAGUUGAAAGACAAGUGGCUUGGUGUCUGGAAGACUAACCCUGAGUUAUUCUUUGUGAAAUAUGAAGAGGCUUCUAUUCCUUUUGUUGGUAUACUAGUUGAGGUGACUUGUAGACCACCCCAGAACCCAUCAUCUUGCUUCAAAGUCACUGUUUCUGUGGCUGAGCCCUUUUCUUCUAACAUUGCAAACAUCCCAAGGAGUUUGGUGAAUGAGAUUUUGGAGGAACUGGAGCACAGUGUACCUCUCCUGGAAGUGUACCCUGUGGAAGGACAAGAUGCAGCCAUAGGGGACAUUGCUCUGGCCUUGGAAGUUGUAAGGUUUUUUUAUGAUUUUCUUUGGAGAGAUUGGGAUGAUGAGGAGAGCUGUGACAAUUAUACUGCCCUGAUUGAAGAAAGAAUUAAUUUGUGGUGUGAUAUGCAGGACGGGACCAUACCUGGUCCUAUCGCACAGCGUUUUAAGAAAACGUUGGAAAAGUACAAAAGCAAGCGGGUUGAUCUCGUUGAGUAUCAGAGCAACAUCAAGGAGGACCCGUCUGCUGCGGAGGCUGUGGAAUGCUGGAAGAAAUACUAUGAGAUAGUGAUGCUUUGUGGACUGCUGAAAACGUGGGAAGAUUUGCGCCUCAGAGUUCAUGGACCAUUCUUUCCAAGGAUUCUGAGACGUAGGAAAGGAAAAAGAGAUUUUGGAAAGACUAUAACACAUAUUGUAGCAAAAGUGAUGACUACUGAAAUGGUAAAGGACUUGUCUUCAGACACACUCCUCCAGCAGCAUGAUGACUUGGAUUUGGCUUUGGAUAGUUGUUAUAGUGGAGAUAUAGUAGUCAUUUUUCCAGGAGAUUAUCAAGCUGCAAAUCUUGCUUUACUGACUGAUGACAUCAUUAUAAAGGGAGUUGGAAAAAGAGAAGAAAUUGUGAUUACUUCUGAACCAUCUCAUGACAGUUUUGUGGUAUCCAAAGCUGACAAUGUGAAACUAAUGCAUCUGUCUUUGAUACAACAAGGGACAGUUGAUGGUAUUGUGGUGGUAGAGUCUGGUCACAUGACUCUAGAAAAUUGUAUAUUAAAAUGUGAAGGAACAGGAGUGUGUGUUCUUACCGGGGCUGCUUUGACAAUUACAGACAGUGAAAUAACUGGUGCCCAGGGUGCUGGUGUUGAGCUGUAUCCUGGAAGCACAGCCAUUUUAGAAAGGAAUGAAAUUCAUCAUUGUAAUAACCUCAGAACCAGUGACAUUUCUAAAAGCACCUUGGGUGGAGUUAAUAUGAAGGUUCUUCCAGCACCCAAACUGAAGAUGAAUAAUAAUCACAUUUACAACAACAAUGGCUAUGGAGUAAGCAUUCUGCAACCAACCCAGCAGUUUUUUAUUGUAGCGGAAGAGGCUUUCAACAAAGGAGCUGCCUCAGGAGAUAAAAAAGAUGACAAGAUGCUGUCCAAAGUGAUGCAGAGCCUCAAUCUGGAGAUGAAUAAUAAUAAGAUAGAAGCAAACUUAAAGGGGGAUAUCAGAAUAGUCACCAGCUAAGGCAUCUGGAUAAAUGUUUAUAUUUCAGGAAUUUCAUUAAUAAUUCUCAUGUCCCACAGAAAUGGUGGUUUUCAAUGUAAAGCUUAUUAAAAAUAUUAAAACACGUAAGUGCUUUCAACUAAUGAUUCAUUUUACAAAAAUGAUUCAUUUUUACAGUACUGGGGUUUGAACUCAGGGCUUCCCAUUUCCUGCCACUUGAGCCACACU